AUGGCUGAUAAUAAUGAGGCUGUUCUGUUCUGGUUAGAACAAGAACCAGUGGACGGUGUUGACUUUGUGUAUCUCCCUGCUGACACACCCAUGAGUCGACCUUCGCCCAAAGUGAGUUACCAGAUGCACAAGAUUAAGGAACUCAGAAAGCAAAGAGCGGUUGAACGUUUAAAAGCGUAUCAUUUCGAACAGUGUGCUGAUCGCAGACAACAGUUGGCGCAAUGCGUUGUGCGAGAGGAAUUACCGAACCAACACCAGGAGGUUUAUGAAAAGGUAGACUCAGCUUCCCAUUUAAAAGAGGUUAUACCCGACAUUUUACAGUUAUUGGACGAUAUUCAACGUUUGAAAGAAGGAUCCCUCACGGUCGAUGCGUUUCGUCAACCGGAACCUACGGAGGAGGAUCUACAGGCAAAACAGAAGAGGGCCAUCAGGGAAAAGGUGAAGCAAUCUUAUUCUGACUGUAUAGAUGAGAAGGUGAAUGAACAGCAACACAAUCUCAAACAACUGUAUAACCAUAGGCUCAGUCUAAUCGCACCUCAACUACUACAACAACAUCACCAGCACCACCACCAGCAGCAACAGCCACAACAACAACAGCCACAGCAACAACAGCCACAGCAACAUCAUCAUCAUCAGCAGCAACAACCCAUCGAUGUUGCACCUACGCCGCCACUACCACCACGCGUAUCUCAAAGAGAUCCUCGCGAACGAAUCGCAGAGGAAUACCCAUCUCGAACCCAAUCAUAAUAAUUCUAUGUUUUUUCUUUUCUUUUUAUG